AUGAAGUCCAUCUCUUCCCUUCUCCUGGCCAGCCCAGCUUUGGCCGCAACAACCGGCACCUUCAACAUCCUCUCCUUCAACGUCGCCGGCCUCCCCGAACUCCUCAACAACAACGACGUCCCCGGCGACAAAACCGAAAACACCGAGAUCAUCGGCGAGCGGUUCUCCGAGUACGCCUACGACAUCAUCCACGUCCAGGAGGACUUCAACUACCACGCCGCCCUCUACUCCACCGACAACCACACCUACCGCACCUCAACAUCCGGCGGCGUCCCCUUCGGCUCAGGCCUCAAUACCCUCUCCAACUACAACUGGAUCGACUUUGAGCGCGUCAAGUGGGACACCUGCUCCGACGCAAGCGGGUUCGAUUGCUGGACGCCAAAGGGCUUCACGGUGAUGCGGGUGAAGCUCGAGGAUGGGGUCUAUGUUGACGCGUAUAAUCUGCAUGCAGACGCGGGAUCCGAGGAUGAAGACGUAACCGCCCGCAGCGCAAACCUGCAGCAGGUCGCCGACUACAUCAGCACCAACUCGAUCGGCAACGCAGUCCUGGUGUACGGCGACACGAAUGCGCGGUAUACGUCGUCCGGCGAGAACAUCCGCAUCUUCGAGACGCAGAACGGCAUGACGAAUCCGUGGGUUGAGCUCGUGCUUGAUGGCGUCGAGCCGACGGAGGGGACGGACGCGGUUGUUUGCGAGAACCCGACGACCAGCGAGACGUGUGAGACUGUUGAUAAGAUCUUCUACCGCGGCAGUCCUGCCCUAACGCUCCAAGCAACGUCAUGGGCCUAUGAGGACACCAAGUUCCUAAACAACGGGACCAUCCUCUCAGACCACAACCCGAUCACUAGCGAGUUCACCUGGACGAAGAGCGACUCGUUCAGACUGAGUAACCUCUACGGCGGACCGCACGGGACAUGGUUCAACGACCUCCCCUCCCUCAGCAGCACCUCAAAGCUCUCCUCAAUCUCGAUCGCCGGCGCAGAGCGCCUCGACAGCAUAACCCUGACCCUCAGCAACGGGACAUCCAUAACGCACGGCGGGACUGGAGGAACAGCGCAAGAACUCACGCUGGGUGAGGGCGAGGCCUGGACGACGACGAAGCUGUGCCAGGGCAAGUACAACGAUCACACGCGGAUCUUUUAUAUGCAAGUUACCACGAGUGACGGCAAUGAGCUUGCGGUUGGGACGGAGACGGAUGAGUGUGUUUCGUUUGAGGCUGAGGAGGGAUGGGGUGUUGUUGGGGCGUGGGGGAGGGCCGGGGAUGAGGUUGAUAUGCUGGGGGUUGUUUAUGGGGUUGUUUAG